UAAAACAAUUUAAACUUGUUUAAAUAUUUAUAAAUUAAAACAAAAUCAAAAUGGCAAAACUUUUCGUAACUUUGGCAAUUUUAUGUGUUUUUGGAGCCGCUUUGGUAAAAGGAUUCGAUAAAAAGGAAGCAAUUGCCGGAUUUAUGGCAAAAAUGGAUGACUGUAAAGCUGAAGUUGGAGCAAAGGAUAUUGAUGUUGAGGAAUUAGUUGGUAAAAAGCCUGCCUCGACUAUGGAAGGCAAAUGUUUACGUUCAUGCCUCAUGAAAAAAUACGAAGUGAUGGACAACAACGGUAAAUUUGUGAAAGAUGUUGCUGCAUCACAUGCUGAAAAAUAUACAGAUGGAGCUGAAGAAAAAAUGAAGAUUGCUCAUGAAAUAAUUGAUGCUUGCAGUGUCAUUGAGGUACCAGCUGACCAUUGUGAAGCUGCCGAAAAGUAUGGAAAAUGCUUUAAAGAAGAAUCUUUAGCCCAUGGCCUUAAAGAUAAAUUAGACUUUUAAAACUGAAAUCUAUGAAUUUAAAUCAGAUUCGAUUUCGACAAGGAUUGUUAAUGGCUAAAAAUGAGAUUUAGAAAUUUAAGAAUACUGUGUAUAUUUUUCUUGUUUAAAUAAAUUAGUUCCUUUCGUUACCUAAUGCAAUUAAAGCAAAA